AUGAUGUACAAAACCCUAGGCGAGUGUUCCGAUCAUGAAUUUGUUGAAUCGCUAGGUCGCGGCUGGCGGAGAUCGAAAAAAGCUUGGCGAAUCAUCUUGAAGAGGCCGCUCUAUCCGAUAAAUCUUCCUGAAGCCUUUGAGAAUCUUCGUAUGUUGGUUUCUCUUAAGAUAUCCUCGAAUCAACUUCAGGUACAUGGGUUUGUUGAAGAUGUUAAUGGAAAAAAGCACGCAACAGUAUUUGGGAAAUGGGACGACAACAUGUAUUACAUUAAUGGAAUUACAAAUGUGAAACCAAAGGAUAUGAGUGAUGCAUAUAUGCUGUGGCAAAGGACACUGCCUCCUGUUCAUCUCACUCGAUAA